AGCAUCCAAGUCGCAAACGGAAACAGCCCUCCUCCGCCAUAUUGGUCUCAAAGUCGAAAUUACGCACUGACAACGCUGUGUGAUUUGAGAAAACAAGACAGCCAUGGGACGUAAGAAGAAGAAGCAGAUGAAGCCAUGGUGCUGGUAUUGCAACAGAGAAUUUGAUGAUGAGAAGAUCUUGAUUCAGCACCAAAAGGCAAAACAUUUCAAAUGUCACAUUUGCUAUAAAAAACUGUACACAGGACCUGGAUUAGCAAUUCAUUGCAUGCAGGUUCACAAGGAAAAGAUUGACAAAGUUCCCAACAGUUUACCAGGUCGAUGUAAUACAGAGAUUGAGAUCUAUGGAAUGGAAGGAAUACCAGAAGAAGAUGUCAAAGCUCAUGAAAAGAAUAAAAGCAAGAAAGCCGCAGACAUUGCCAACGAGGGUGACUCUGACGACAACAGUAACCCCCCUCCAUCGGCGGCUGCUCCCAUGAUGAACGGCAUGCCAGGAGCCACCGCCCAGCCAGGGAUGCCGUUUGCUCCUCCGGGCAUGAGGCCCAUGGUGCCCGGUGGUCCCAUGAUGGGUCCCAUGGGGGCGGGGGUACCCAAUCCCAUGAUGCCCCAGGGAGGAAUGGGGACUGUGCCCGGCCCUAUGAUGGGGGGAAUGGGUCCGAUGGGCCCAAUGGGAAUGGCGGGCAACAUGGGACCGGUGAAUCAACAGAUGCGGCCGGGCAUGGGCAAUAUGGGUCCCAUGAACCCCAUGAACAUGUCCAGACCUCAGGGUCCUGGGGCCAGCAGGCCGCUCUUCCCUGCAGCAGCACAGUCUAGCACUGCCACCUCCACGGCCGCGGGUGGCGGGCGACCCACAUUCCCCGCGGCGGCCUCGGUGGUGUCCUCCAAUAGUGGCGCCGGUGGUGGGGGUUCGGCCACCAUCACGGGCGCCCCGACCAUCAAGAAGCCCGAGUCUACCUCAGGUUUGACAUCUAAGUUAGUGCACCCUGAUGAGGACAUUUCGCUGGAAGAACUGCGGGCUAACUUGCCCAAGUACCAGCGCAACCUGAUGGAGUCCAUGAUUGCCAGCUCAGGGAUGGUGAACACUUCCAUGGCACAAGGACCCCCUAUGCAGGCCGGGGGCCCCCCUAUGCAGGCUGGGGGUCCCCACAUGCAGUCAGGGGGCCCUCCCAUGCAGACGGGUGGCCCAAUGAACAUGGGUGGCAUGGGCAUGAAUAUGAAUAUGGGUAUGGGCAUGGGAGGUCCCGGUCCCAACAUGAUGCCAGGAGGCAUGAUGGGAGGUCCCCCUCGGCCCGGCAUGAUGCCCGGCGGUCCCAUGAUGGGCAACAACAUGAUGCGAGGCCCACCGGGCAACAUGGGAGGAAUGGGCAUGCCUGGGCACGGGCCUCGAGGGCCGCCCAUGGGGGGUGGGAUGGGCAUGGGGAUGGGCAUGAGGCCCAUGAAUGGGAUGCCGUUCCAGGGGAACAUGAACAUGAGAGGGCCCGGGCCGGGACCGCGGCCCUUCAACUAAACUACUUGUUGAUGGUGGUACGAGGCAUCUAGGCCACAAAGAAAGGAGAAAUGAAAAGGCAUUGCUGUGAAGUAAGAUGAGGCAGAAUUGUGUCAUCUGCCAAAUGAAGGAAAAUUGAUUUGAGCUGGGAAAGAAAUUGAAGUUUAUGAAGUCGACCGCUUUUUCUGAAAAGAAAUUUGUAAUCUUGAUCCUAGACUGCUCUGUAGGGCAGGGGCAGCCAAGUACUUUUUUUACCACAACAAUUAGACUAUGUGUUGAUGUAUAAUGUAUAUAUAUAUAUGUUGUUGUUAUCAUCAUGAAUUGGCAUACCUCCCCACCACCUCCUUCUCUCUUCUCAUUUUUGUAUCUCAUGAUUUUAAUGAUACUUUGUCACCUUUUAAAUCUGAUGUUGGCAGCUUCAUUGAACAGAGUUGGUACCAUUGUUGAUAGAAACGUGUAAAUGUCCUGUUGGAGAGACCUUUGACCCAUCUCUUGUAGUGGAACGCACUUUUGUUGAAUGUUUCAAAGCUCAAAAGAAUUGUUUUUGUUUUUUUUCUCUUUUUGUUUGUUUAUUUUAAAUCUCUCUUGCUUACAUGUAUAAAAAGAAAGAAUGAGUGAAGAUGGAUUGUAUGCUUCUGUACAUAUGGAUGGUCUCUUCAGUUGCCAAGUAAGUGCUGGGAUUUCUUCAUUUUGUCCAUUUUUUAAAAAUUAGGGAGGCUUGUUUUAUUUUUUAAGUUUUUUUUUUUCAAAGGCAACUCUGAUGGACGCAAUAGAAAGUUUUAACAUGUGGAUUUUCUAAUGUUUGGGAGAUUGUACAUAUCUAUUUUGCUCUGAGGCGGGAUGGACGGUAAGCUGCAUGAGAGAGAGAGAGAGAGAGAGAGAGAGAGAGAGAGAGAGAGAGAGAGAGAGAGAGAGAGAGAGAGAGAGAGAGAGAGAGAGAGAUUUGUGUGUAUGUGUGUGUGUCAAGCCUUGGUUUAGAUCAUGUGUAUUCCUUGUUUAUUGACACGAGAGACUGAAGUGUGUGUGUGUGAGUGUGUCAGGCCAAAGGUUAGUCGUAUGUACCUGGUUUGCUGUGGUUGAGGGUUUUGUUGCCGGGUGCUCUCAAUGGACGUUGUUUCAAAGGUUGGUGCUCUCUCUCGCUCUCUCUCUCCCCUCUUGAUGUUCUCACAUUGUGGUUUAUUCCCGUCGCUGCCGUGUCCCAAAUGUCCCACGCUUUGAUUGGCCUCAUCACAGCUAGCUGCUGGCUGUUGGGCAGCGCUGUUGCCCCCAACGCAAUUGUUGGCGAUGAGAGCCGUUGACGUGUCGUGUGGGGUUACGGUGUGCAUAAUGUGUGUGUGUUGUUGGCUUGGUUUUGUGGACUUGUUUUUGAUCUCAAGUGAGGGGAAGAAGUUGUCACAGCCGCUGUGCUGUUGGGCCUCUGGGCUCCCACCCGGCACCGUGAACAUUGGACUUUUUUAAAACACGUUAUUACGGAUAGGUUGACCGUUUUCUACCGGAACGAACAGUCUUUUAGGGUAAGCACUGUGGGUUUUGUGAAAAACUGGAAAUGUUAACCGUAAUGAUAUAGUGCAGCUACCCAUGAAAAUAAAAAAGAUAUGAGUGGCCAGGAUGAUGGGGAAUAUGGGGGGAGUGUAGCCUAGUCUGCGGCGAUGAUGCGUUUAGAUACCCGUAAUUAGCUUUGGAUACAUGAUUGGGUGUUGAGUGUGCCUCGGCUGUCCAGGAUACAAGGUUAGACAUGUCUCACAAUUUCAUCUUUCACCGUACCAUCGCUAUUUUCACUCCUGGUGAUGACCCAUUGCACUGGUUUUCCUGUUAUGCACUAUCAUUGUUGUAGCCUCUUUUGGACUUGAUUGAUACUUUUUUGACUUUUUCAAAUGAAAUAGAAGACAUUUGUGUAUUUGAAAAAAAAUCAGUUUUGCUCGUAAGCUGCAUUGGGCCCUCAUAUAAAUUUGAUAAUUCAAAUAAUAAUUUUGUUCCUUGUUUAGUUUACUUUCUUUUUGAGAUAUUAAAAAUAGUGAUUCUUUUUUAUCAGAUUCGUGUUUUUCAGUUUUCAGGCGUAAGAAAUCGGUGCCAUUGAGACAAUGUACAAUGCGUGGUAGGGACCACAUCCUUUGAAUUCAGUUACACUGCCAAGUAAGUUCCCCGAUGAGAGAAGCAUAGGUGUUAUGCUAAUGUCGUUAACAUGUUUGUAAGUUAUAGAUGGAUGUAGUCGUGGAUUUGGGAGAUUUUGUAUUGGAAACUGCUGGAGGUAAGUGGGGGAAAAAGUAAAAGGUGAGUCGAAUGGAUAAUGAUUAAUUAUCAGAGUUUUUCAUGAUUCUUUGCUUAUGGUGAGGUCAAGUGAAAGUUCACGGUGCUGUGGUUGGUGACAUCUUUUCCUUUGAGUUUGAAUUGUGAGCACACAUGGUUGGCAUCACGUCAUGUACCGUAGUAGUCGUUGGAGGAAGUUGUCUCCUUUCCCCGUGUCACAGCGAGAGUUUUGUUGUCUCGCUGUUGGGCACAUGUCGGCCCCCACCGGUGGUGGUGACACGGGUGCUAGAUGGUCUGUGCCGACUCGGUGCUGGGUGGUGUGUGUGCUGACUCAGUGCUGGGUGGUACGUACAGGUCUUGUAUUCUGACUCCUGACAUUGACAGACAGUAGUGGUGAAGGCGUUGAGCAUUAGGCCCUGACAUUUUAUGCUGAGAGAGAGAUGAUAUAUUGUGUGCUGUGACCCAAUAGGUCUACAGCUUUGUUUAAUUUGAUUUUUUCUUUUUGGUCGGAAGCGAGUGUCACAGCAAAUCUUUUCUCUGCUGUUGGGUGAUCUAUCACACGCUACAAACACAGCGCUGCUGUUGUUGUUUCUUUGACUGGUGCACACAUCUCUUGGAUGGUGGCCCUCCCCCUUGCUGGUGUUCUCCGGGAAUGUAGAACUAGAACUAACUGCGGAAAAGACGGGGUGUGUACCAGGGCAUGCUCAUAUGUUUGUACUGUGUGGUUCUGGCACCCCCACAUUGGAUGGCGACACUCGUUACCUCAGAUAUACAGAGAUAAUAAACGUGUAGAUAGAUAGGUCUAUAGAUUUACCAUGGCCCGCCCCCCAGACAAACCUCAUAUAAUAUAUGUAACAGUAACACUUGAAUGUUGGUUUCUGGACAGCUAGCUACCAUUCCUAUAACGUGGAUGUGAUACUAAUGCAGUCUUUAGAGUAGUAGGCGUGCGUGUAUGUGUUUUGUGGUUGAGGUGGCUGCAUACUACUGUGGUACUAAAUCCAUGGUCUUUUGUUUUCUCUCUCUCUUUCCUCUGAUGUGUCUGCGAGGCCCCGCGGCAUGGUUUGCUAUAAAAGGGGACCGUGUGGCUUGACAAGUCCCUCUAGAUCUGUGUGUGGUGAGUACCACUGGCGGUAGGUGGUCUCUACUUUCUUUUUGGAUACUCUUAACUAAACACACGCCAUUUGAUUAUCAAAUCUACAUUUUUUUCAAUAUUUUUCCCUCCCACACCACAUUCUUUUUUUUUUCUUCAUGCGUUCUUCUCAUGUUUCAGAGUUUUCAUAUUGUAGAGAUGGUGUUAUUUUUCAGCGUAUUGCUACAUUUUUUGCUCUCUCCCAUUUUCGUUUUUCAUUCUUGUGUUUUAAUGAAAUAGAUUGUUAAUAUCUUGCUGCCCCGGAGCCUAUUUCAUGGAGCGUAUGUAGUGAAUGUGAAGGGAAGGGAAGGGAGAUUUACGGAGUCUUGUGAAAGGGUUGGAACAGUUUUGAGACCCAUGAAUAAGGCACUGUAACUUACAAUUUGUAUGUUGUGUAUUUGGCCUGAUGAAGUGGAGUGACUGCAAUAAAAAUAUGAAAAACUA